AUGAAUUUGACCAACUGUACGAGAGCGGUAGAGUUUAUCCUUGUUGGACUGCCAAGUGUAGAGCGAAUGGAAAGUGUGAUGCAUACAGGUAUCUUUCUGCUCUACCUUCUCUGUCUGAUGGGCAAUGGGCUCAUCAUUGUCAUGGUAAUUUUGGACCCCCAUCUCCAGAAGCCCAUGUAUUUCUUCCUUAGCAACCUGUCUUGCAUUGACAUUGGACACACCACAGCCUUUAUUCCUAAAUUGCUGGUCAACUAUCUCUCUACAAACAAUUCCAUCUGCUUCUACUGCUGUAUAACACAGCUGUUCUUUUACUUCUUCUUUGGCAUUACAGAAUUUUUCAUCAUCACUUUGAUAUCUUUGGACAGAUUCUUAGCCAUUUGCUAUCCUUUGAGAUACGCCACCAUCAUGACUUCUGGGGUUUGCUUUAAGCUAUCGAUGACCGCCUGGUUUGUGGUUCUUGUCUACAUGAUUUGUCAAGUAAUAAUGAUAGCUAACCUACCCUUCUGCACAUUCAACAUUAUCAAUCAUUUCUUUUGUGAUGUUGGACCUGUAUUAAAGAUUGCAGGAGGAGAUACACAUCUCAUUGAAGCCCUGGGUUUCCUUAUUACUGUUGUUGUGGUGAUGUCCUCCCUGCUUUUCACCCUCAUUUCUUACCUCUUCAUCAUCUUCACCAUUCUCCGAAUGUCUUCAACAACCAGACAGCAGAGGGCCUUUUCUACCUGCGCUUCCCACCUGGUUGUGGUCUGCAUUUUGUAUGGGACAGUCUUUUUUGUCUAUUUAAGGCCUACUAUCAAGAAUUCUUCCUUCGGUAUAAUCCGCUCCGUUUCUGUGGUGCAUACUACCGUUGCUCCAGUGCUCAAUCCGUUUGUUUAUACUAUUAGGAACAAUGAAGUGAAAGAAGCCAUUUGGAAAGCAUUCAGAAAAAAGACUCCAUCUUUCCCUAAAAUCUAA